AUGGCCUCCGUAAAGUUCCUUAUUACAGGUUCGACGAGCGGCCUGGGUGCUUCUGUGCUCGCCACUCUGUACAAAUCCGUCGACGACCCAGCGGAGAUCAUAGCUACCUCCUCCCGUGCUGAAGCCGCCGCCAAACUCCAGCAGGAUUACCCGGGCACCCAGUUCCGGGUCGUCAACUACGACAACGAGCCAGCACUGGAGAAGUCCUUUGAGGGAGUCGAGCGACUGUUCUUCGUUUCAACACCUGUUGUCGAUACAAAUAGGAGGGCCAAGCAACAUUCGAAUGUCAUUGAGGCCGCGAAGAAGGCAGGCGUUGGGCAUGUAUAUUACUCCAGCCUAUCAUUUGGCGGCUACGGAUCGCAUUCAAAGGCUGUCGUGCAGACGGCCCAUUUAAUCACUGAAGAGCAGCUGAAAAAGUACCAAGUAUCCCUCGGGCUGAGAAAUCUCGGUUUUUCCCACUGUAUGUACUGUACAUUCCUCGCUAACACAUCCCCCAGAUCCGGGAUCUCAUACACCUCCAUCCGCGAAGGUAUCUACGCAGAAGCUUUCCCCGUCUUCGCUGCCUGGUAUCCCGAUACAACCACCAUGUACAUCCCCACCGACGGCCGUAUCGCCUGGACCUCCCGCAGCGAGCUAGGCGAAGCGAACGCAAAGCUCAUGCUGCGGGACCCAGCCACUCUCCCCUCCCUUCUCAAAAACGACUACGACAACAACGUCGCCCUCCUCACUGGGCCCCGUGCGUACACCUUUGCGCACCUCGCUGAAGCUCUCACCCGCGCCACAGGCAGGAAAGUAACUCUGCAGAAGAUCCCGCGGGAACAGUAUGCAGCUGUUGUUGCCGUGGAGGACGCCAAGGAGGGCCACGGCGGGAAAUCAGCGCAGUUCUUCGAGCUAUGGGCUAGUUUGCUGGAUGCAGUGGGCCAGGGUGAGGCGGAGAUGGUGGCGCCGUUGAUGGGCGAGUUGCUGGGCCGGCCGCCACGAGAUGGCUUGGAGCAUAUUGAGGAGUUGGUGCGGGAAGCAGGACCUCAGGGUGGCUAUACGUGGCACCAGAAUUAUGAUAUUGGCAAGAGGUAG